AUGUCCCUCUCCACCAAAGUCAUUCUCGUCACCGGCUCCGCCAGCGGUCUCGGCCGCUGCAUCGCCGAAACCCUCCUCGCCCGCGGCGCCUCCGUCACCAUCAGCGACAUCAACCCCGAGCGCCUCGCCACAACCCUCUCCGAGCUCUCCGCCACCUUUUCCCCCGACCGCCUGCUCGCAGUGCAAGUCGACGUCACAGACGAGAAAUCCGUCCAGUUGCUCGUCGAGCAGACCGUCCAGCGCUUCCACCACAUCGACGUCGUCGUCAACAACGCCGGGAUCAUGGACAAGUUUGCGCCAGUAGGUGACUGCGACACGGGCAUGUGGGAGUCUAUCCUGAAUGUCAACCUCACGGGGGCGUACUAUGUCACCAAGCACGCCAUGCCACAUUUGCUGGCUCGUGCAGAGGAGCGUGGCGGAGGCGAGCAGGGCAGUCUUGUUAUCAACAUUGGCUCGACAGCGUCCUUCUCGGGCCUCACUGCCGGAGUGGCAUACACCGUUUCCAAGCACGGCCUCGUGGCCAUGACGAAGCACACAGCGGGCUAUUACGGCCCCAGGGGCGUCUAUUCCGUGGCGCUGCAGCCCGGCGGCAUGAGCGAGACGAGAAUCACUGAUGCUUUUGCGUCGGGCAUGCAUAAGGAGGGACUCAAUGCCAUCAAGGAGGCGCAUCCUAAGACGAUCAAUGUGCCCAUCAGCCAUGUGGCCAGAUACGCGGCGUUUCUGAGCGAGGACGGCAUUGGCCAGAGUUCGAAUGGAGGCUGUGUCACAAUCACUGGUAACUGGCCUGAAGCGUAA